AUUGUUUACGCGGUAAUCCAAGCCCGAAUAAAUUCAGUUUAUAAACAAACGCAUCGAAGUGCGAAUUGUUUGGGUUUGUAUUCAAUAGCCGCCUUUGAGGCUUUUAUUUGAUUUACAUUCAGUGAGCUGCGAGACUCAGCAGGCAAAGUUUUUGCAUUGAAAAUGUCCGAGAGUACCAGUAAUAAGGGCCAAUUUGUGUGUGAUGAACUGGAUGACAGAGAAGCUGAGGCUGCUGCCCAAGCCAAUAUACCUAGUCAAUUGGCCAAGAAAAUCUGGGCCGUAACGCCCAAUGAUAUUAGCUUGGGGGUAGUGGAACCCGUGGAGAUACCUGUGCCCAACUUUAAAACUUCAUCAGGAACAGGAUCAGUUUCCGAGUCAGGAUCAGGAUCCGUUUCGGGCUCAGGAUCCGUUUCGGGGUCAGGAAUGGGAACUGGAAGAAAGCCACCCCCAAACGAUAAUGCCAGCAUUUACAUAACCGAGGUGGAGCGGGCCCUUUAUGGAGAUACCACCGGUUAUCCGGAAUAUGGCACUCAUAAUUUCUUCAGGGCCGCCGAGAAUUACUCACUCUUCGGAGAGAACUUCCUGGACUUUCCCAAGGACUCGGAUGUUUUGACGGGCCUGGGACCGAUGGUGAGUCAAUCUUGGAUUCUACCACCGGGAUAUGAACGAUCCAACAGGUCGAUGCCCCUAUACGAAAGACGACAAGCUCCGGAACAGGAACGUGCCACCUCGAACUCGGGGUCCAACUUUUCUGGGGGUGGCGGUUAUCAGCAACAACCAAGGCAGACACCUCAGCAGCAGCAGCAACAACAACAUCACCCAUUUGGCGCUGACAACAACAACAAUCGCAACAAUUUCAACGAGAUACCAUUUCCUCAGUUUUACCAUCACAUGCAACAUCAACAACCGCCCCAACCGCAACUAAAUCCAUCGCACAAUUAUCAUCACAAUCCGCACUUGCAGCAAAAAUCGAUGCAGCAGCAGGGUGGAGUGCCACCGCAGCAACAGCAGCAUCAUCACCAUCAGCAGCAGCAGCAGCAGCAGCAACAUCGUCCUGGAGCAACACCCAGUGUUGGUGACUUGGCAGGAUUGGCCCAUUCCAAUCCCAAUGACAUUGCCUUGCUCUACCAGCAACUGAUGGCCCGCAAUCUGCGUCCAAAUCAGCAGCACCACCAGCAACAUCCGCAACAAUCUUCGCAGCCGAAUGCUAAUAAUGCUGCAGCCGCUGCAGCCAUGCUCUACAAAAAUCUCGAGCUGCAGCAGCAGGUGCAACUGCGACAGUUGCAGCAACAGUUGCAACAGCAGCAGCAACAGCAGUUGCAACAGUCUCGUUUGCCACGCGGCAUUUUCGGUGGCUCUGGUGGUCAGUCGGGCGGUGGAAGAGCCACUCCACCCACAGGAAAGGAACCUCCAGCAGGAGGUCACAAAUAAAAUCAUCCGUUUUUGUGUUCAUUAAAUCAAAGGUCAGACUUUAACGCUUGCCAAUUACUUGGUCUUCCAACCAAUUAAUAUUUUAACAUCAUUUUUUUUUAUUAAACUUUCAAUUUACAUGCACAACUCACUCAACUUAUACAUACAAUUAUUUUCAAAUUUGUUACAAAAUUAAAGUCCAACCCUUGAUCAUUUAAAAAUGUAGACACAAUAAUACAUCUACUUCAUUUAUAUAUUUUUUUCAAAUUAAAUUAAUUUUCACAAAA